AUGUCAGUACUCCACAGUAAUGUUGGCCUUGUAGGGCUAUCAAGAGCUCUCACAACAUUUAUGGUAACACAAGAUCUUGGGUUGGCAAGCUGUCAUAUGUCAGUGAAAGAUAUUCCUGAUUAUUGCACACAACAGGCUGUGACGGAGGUGUGUUCUGUAAUGGUUCAAUAUAUUUUUGUCAUUAAGCUUUACAAGGCAUAACUAAUCAAUGAUUAAUGGCAUCAAUGACUAAUCAAUGAUUAAUUGAACCCCCCUCCUCCCCCCACAAAAAAUGGGCCAUUGAUUACUAUUUGAUGUCAUUGAUUAGUUAUAUUGUCUAGACUUGAGUAUUAUAACACUUGUCAAUUCCUAGAUUAAACUCUUAAGAUAGUGGUGGUUCUGGUGGUGGGGAUGUUAGGGUGCAGUGAACUGUGGAACCACCUUGACUGUUGUUAUGAUCUUGAAAUGUUUAUUCAAAGAACGAUUCUUACAAUGGUUACAUUUGUAUGAACAAAAUACAGACCCACUUAUCAGAAUAUAUAUGUGAAAAUAUGAAAACUAUAUGUAAACUGCAAAUGAAAAUAGUGUGAUUUUAGUGAUCUUACCAACUUACUUGUACUAAGCAGUUUACCAUGCACACAGAAUCUUUGAAUUUAAAUUGCUUUCCCAAGUACACUCUAAUAAUAAAUAGUAAUAAUAUAUAUAUCUUCCAUAUUGUAAUCUUCCAUAUUAUUGUAACAUAAGAUAAGUAGUUCUAUCUUUUGAUGAAACAAAGACUUAUCGUUAUUGUUAUUAUUGUUACUGAUGAAGGCUAAGCUAAAAAGUUCUCUUAUGCAUUGUCACCUGACCUGCAUGACUGUAUGUGACAGUCACAAUACUACAAGAAUGCAGUACUUGCUUUGCAUCCUUCAUAUAUUAAGUAACCAUCUUUUUAUUGCUAGCUGCAUGAAGAGAGUGAUCCAGAGAGGCUACAGCAACUCAUGGUGCGUGAUGAUAUAGCCAUGCUGCUCUAUCAGUCCGGCUUUGGGAAUGAACACCUCACAUUGGACACAAAAUGCAAAGCUGUGCAGUGUAUAUUAUUCAACCAAGUAUUUAAAUCACGCCGUGACCAAAUUGAAGAUUUGAUGGCAGGCUUGAAUUCCCUUGGCAUAUUAGAGCUUCUCCGCACAAAUGAAUCUUGCAGAGCCUUGGUGUUCCAACUACAGUCUGAGGUCCAAAACUCAGAAAGUGAUGUUCUUGGGUUGUUAGAUUAUGAAGAUGACCUGUCAGCGCAGGAAGAGCAAGUUAAGCUAUGGUUUGAGGAAUAUAUCAAGUUACUCGCAAGAGGUAACUUGAAUGACUUUGCUUUACUUUUCAUUUUAUUCAUGAAAUUAAACUUUAUUGGUCUCUGUUUAAAACAGUGAGGACUGGUGGUUAGAAAUUGCAGCUCCCUGUACACCACACUGUCUGAUUAAUAAAUGUAUUUCCUUAUUUAGUAGCCCCCCUACCCAGUACCUGCCCUCCCCUCUCUUCCACUCCCCUGAAAAGUAAUAAACUAAAAAAAGCCUUCAGGGGUCAUGAAUUAUUUUUUCAGACCAAUUCAGUUCUGCUUAGUUAACCCCAGGUUUUAGUAUAGAUGCACUAAUUGCCACCCAAAAGUGUAUAGCUGUUGUAGUUAAUUUUUUUGUCCGUGUAAUUUUUAGCUUUCUUUUGUUGUUAUGAAUGGUAAUGGCUGUAAAAUAAAGGAGGGCUAAAAAUUACCUGAGAAAGAAAAAUUAACUUCGAUAUAGCCCCCCACCCCAGACAAAAUAACCCCUGGGAAGAGCUGAAAAUAUUUUACAUGUAUAAUCAGAUUUUUAUUUGGUUCAUUUACAGGUGACAACAACCAGGAAUCAAACUGCAGUGAAGUUGCAGUCAUUCCAAAGUUGAAUGACCUCAUUCAAUUUAUCUGUGGACACCCCCAUGUUCCAAAAGGCGGUGACUUAAUUAAAGUCAGAUUUAUGAGAGCAUUUCUACCCGAUGCUGAGUCUUGUUUUAAUACUAUCAAGUUACCUAGGCACCACCAAGACUAUCUCAGUUUUAGGAAGGCAAUGAAUGUUGCUGUAAACUGCCAGAACCAAGGUUAUGGUCGUGGCUAA